AUGUGGGGUUGGUUUGGCGGGGCAGCAGCCCAAGCAAGAAAAGAUGCCCCCAAAAAGGCCAUCCUACAGCUAAGGUCGCAGCUGGACAUGUUACAAAAGAGGGAAAAGCAUUUAGAGAACCAGAUGGCAGAGCAGGAUGCGAUAGCGAGGAAGAACGUAUCCACGAACAAAGCUGCCGCCAAAGCUGCUUUGAGACGAAAGAAACUACACGAGCGCACCCUUGAGCAGACGUCAGCUCAGAUUGCCCAGGUUGAGCAACAGAUAUAUUCCAUCGAGGCCGCCAACAUCAACCAGGAAACACUCAAUGCCAUGAAGAACGCAGGAUCGGCCAUGAAGCAGAUACAUGGCAACCUCACCAUAGACAAGGUUGAUCAGACCAUGGACGAGCUACGGGAGCAACAUGCUCUGGGCGAAGAAAUUGCCAACGCCAUCACGAAUGCGCCUAUUGGUGAACCGAUUGACGAAGCUGAUCUAGAGGAAGAGUUGGAGGGACUGGAACAAGAGGCUAUGGACGAAAGAAUGUUGAAGACUGGGCCCACACCGGUCACAGGCGAGAUCAACCGGCUUCCGGCUGUCUCGGCUGGCCCCAUUGGCAACAAGCCCUCGACAGUGGAAGAAGACGAAGAGGAAGAACUCCGGAAACUACAGGCCGAGAUGGCCGUGUGA